AUGUCACAUCAUCAACCAACUACACAAACACAAGAUACCGACUAUUCAAGUGAUUUCGAUUCGUUUGCUGCAACAUUCAACAAUUUCAAACCAAAAGAGUUCAAACCAUCGAUUGAAACAAGUAAUUUAAUUCUGAGUGCUGCUAGAUUAGAGUUAGAAUCAAUGACUUUGAAGCAAACAAUGUCAGAAACCAUGAAAUCGUUUCUGAAACUUCCAGGUAAAAAACUAACUGAGACCCUUUCACAAAUCAAACAGAUUCAAAAAGAUAUCCAGGAAUUAAAAUUGAUUACCAAUAAGAGGCAGUCUUGCAACCAAGAUAUUAAAGAAGAGUUGUUAGAAACUAAAGACUUGGUUCUGAACAAACAAGACGAAUCUUUUCUCCAAAUUGAAGAAUUGCUUUCAAAUCACUGGAAGAUUAUUGAAAAGGGGUUUCAGGAACAAACAAAUCAGUUUCUGGAAAUUAUUCAGAAUAAUCAACAUUUACUCGAGGCUUCAUCACAACAAUACCAUUCUAAUUUACAAGAAAAAAUCGAACAUCAGUUGAUAGAAUACAACAACAAGUUGACUACUCAACUCACAAGACAAGAUAAAGACAUUCAAGAAAUCAAACAAUUCUUAAAAUUAUUGGUUCCCCGAGUAGUUGGUAUCGAAGCAUCCUAUAGAGUUCUUUCAACUGAAAAUCCGAUAAUGGGAAAAACAAAGGCAAAGUCCAAACCAAAACCAAUCAAACGGAAGAAACAAAGCUAG